GACGAUGACCCUGAAAAACAAGUAGCAAAAAAGGGAAAAGGUCCCAUCAAAGCUAAGGACACUGAAAAGAAGAAUCGGUCAAAGAAAGAAAAGCUAUCCGAAAAUUCAGAUGUUACACCAGGCAAUGCAAAGAAAAAGAAGAAGAUUGAGAAAGAAAAGGAGAUUGUACAUAACAAAGAACUUGCACAUGUUGCAGACAUGCUAAUGGCAUCGAGAAUGGAGCUGCCUGGAUCAUCAUCAUCACAGAGUCCAACAGAAAAGAAUUCCACUCCCUUAACACCAUCAACUUUUCCUGGAUCAUCAUCAUCACAGAGUCCAACAGAAAAGAAUUCCACUCCCUUAACACCAUCAACUUUUCCUGGAUCAUCAUCAUCACAGAGUCCAACAGAAAAGAAUUCCACUCCCUUAACACCAUCAACUUUUCCUGGAUCAUCAUCAUCACAAAGUCCAACAGAAAAGAAUUCCACUCCUUUAACACCAUCAACUUUUCCUCGAUCAUCAUCAUCACAAAGUCCAACAGAAAAGAAUUCCACUCCUUUAAAAUCAUCAACUUUUCCUCGAUCAUCAUCAUCACAAAGUCCAACAGAAAAGAAUUCCACUCCCUUAACACCAUCAACAUCUACUGGAUCAUCAUCAGGCACUUCACUCCCAACUCCACAGGCCCCAUCCGAAAAAAUUACAUCCACACAGACUUCAUCCACUUCGCAAUAUGAGACAUCUACAUCACCUGCAUCCUCAAUUCAUACGACAUUUUCACAACCUUAUACACCCUCAUACUCAGACAUAUCAGCACCAUCACCAGCCAGUACAAGAACUCUGCUCGGGGAAGCUGUGUCUAUGGCUGUAGACAUGGAUGGGCCUCCAUAUUUCGCCAGACCAACCCCACAUUAUCCAACUCCAUGUCAAAAUUGUGAACAGUUGCGUCUGGCAAAUGAAAAUCUACAACGUCAGAUGUAUGAAGUGCAGCAAAACUGUUACUCAUUAAACACAAGACUAUAUCAGGUAGAGCAAUUUGUGUUCCAACAGCAGCAGCAACAUAAUGUCAGUGGGCCACUUCUGAGUGGGAGACCUCCCAUAUCACAUGACGCAGCACAAGAGGAUCAGCAUCAAGUGGAGUCCUUAUACAAUGGAUUUACGAAGGCUCAACUGGUUCAUGACCUUCCAGGUAAGGGCUGGAAAGGGGACGCAAAAUGGCUCCUCAGAAGAAUGUUCACGUUUGAAGAAUUAAAAGGACAUUCCAUAACGGGCCAUCAUGGAGCCAGCAAGAAAAAUGGGAAGGUGCGUCCCCCUCUGGACGACCAACAUAAGCUCAAGGUCCUUUAUGAUAUCAUAAUGGAGAAAUACCCAGGGAGACUGAUAACAGAUAUAAAUAUAGUUUUGGCUGACAUCGUCAAGCCUUCAGCCCCUGGGAUGUCCGAUUAGAGCUGGGUCAUUGGCCAUUACUGAGGCAUACAGCAAUGGGAUGAUUUCUUUGCAUAUUUUGAAAUAUAAUUUAUACCGUAAUUACAUUGUUCGAGGAUACUUCAAUUGGACCUUUAUUUGUGUUUAUUUUAGUGAACGUUUUCAGUGAUCGCAAUUUUUAGGGAGUUCAAGGACAUGCAAGUUGAAGGAUUUUCUAUAAAAAAUGAUUUGAGGAAUUUCAUCAAUAAGUGUCUUGCAAAUUAUGGAGUGUGAAAAUAAUUUUUGGUGUCAAUUGUGUCCCAGAUGUGGAAACUAUUACCUUACCAUACAUGUGACCUCCAAGAACGGUGAACAUAAUCUUCAUUCUUGUGGAUUUUUUAGAAGUAGGAUUAAAAUUGUCACUGGCCAGUAGAGAUUACAUAUUAGAAAUUAUUGUUGAAAUACUAAACAAUAAGAAUUAGAAAAUCAGGAAAAAAAUUUUUUAAAGGGAAUUGUUUUGGCUCACGUAAGCCAAAGAGUCUGAUCUAAGUGUUGAUGUCUGUUUGCCCUUCUGUAUUCUGGAUUUUGACUGUAAACUUGUCACAUUUAUGACUUAUUUUUAAAUCUAAAUUUGUGACAAAGCAUCCUUCAUUAUUUUGGAAAUGGAAAUUUAAAUUUGUUUACCUGAAGGACCACACCCCUUUUUAACGGAUGUUUAACAUCACAAUUCCUCAGUUAAUUUAAAGUACAAUUUAGUUAUUAAAUUGAUUUUAAAUAGCUUUUAAGUUUUUACACUCAGGUGGGUGACAUGGCCCAUGGAGGUCUUGUUUGUUAUAUAUUGUUCAUGUGUAUUCAAUUUAGAAAAAGAAUCAUGUUGAAGCCAAAUAAUCUAUAUUUUU